AUGAAACUUUUCUUCAUCCUCUCCCUUCUUGCUGCCCCAACCUUCGCCUGCCUCGGAGGACUUCUUCCAGGAGCUGGAGGAUGCGGAGGAGGCUGCGGAGCCGCUCCACCACCACCACUUCCAUGCGGUGGAGGAUGCGGAGGAGGAAUUGCCCCAGCUCCACAAUAUGCCCCACCACCACCAGCAUACGCUGCCCCACCACCACCAGCCGGAAACAGCUACGUCCUCCCAGGAAAGUAA